GUGUUCGAGAAAAAGUUUAACAUUGAAGUACAAACUUUACAGCCUUUACGUGAGUUUCUUGCACAACUGAAAGAAGAAGGUAGUCAGCCACAACUUAUAGACUUUCAUUAUGAAUUUAAUGAAAAUGAAGAUGGAACUCAUGACUGUCAGUUUGUUGUAUUCUCACCAUUCAAUGAAGUCGCUAAAGAGAAAGAAAAUCCAUUACGUAUAAGAUUUCAAAUCUCUGAACCAAGUGAUGAUUUCAAGAAUGUUUUCAAUUAUGAUGCAAUGCUUCCGAGGAAAAAUGAAUUUUCAAAGAUUGUAACACCUGGCAUUUGGGAUAGAAAGCAAGCUAUAUUAUAUUCAAACUUAAGUAAGGGAGUUGAAAAUGAGUUCAUUGGUCAUACAAGAAAUUCACCAUUACCAAAUCCUAAAUACUAUAAAUUAACUGGCUUCAAUCGUGAGUUUUGGAUAGACAUGUUCUCCACUCAUGACCAUAACUGCCCAGUGUUCUUACCUCCAGACCAUAAGGACUGUCUCUACAUUGAAGCACAACUCUUAAACUCUACCAUCGCAGUAUUGUAA